AACAAACGAAAGGAAAAAGGUUUCCGCAGUGGAAGGUUGUAUUGGAGUGCAGAGAGAGAAGCAUGGGAAGCAGAUUGGGAAGAAGAGUAGUGCAGUUCGCGAACCUACCGAUAAAGCUUCUGAUGCCCAACAGCUUCACCAACAUCCGCGAAAUCGCCCUCAAGACCAUCCCUUCCGCCACCAAGAUCGAGAUCAAGCGCGUCCUCGAGUCCCUCUACGGCUUCGAGGUCGAGAAGGUUCGAACCCUAAACAUGGACGGAAAAAAGAAGAAGCGCGGUGGCUUGUUGAUCGCCAAACCCGAUUACAAGAAGGCCUACGUCACCCUCAAGAGCCCGCUCUCAAUCUCCACGAAUCUCUACCCGAUCCGAAUCAUUGAAGAUGACAAGAUGAGGAUGAGCAAGCAAACCAAGUCCAGCGUCGUCGAAGAAGAGGCCCACGCCACCACUCACUGGCUCGAUCAUAAGAAGGAGGCCCAACAACCCUUCGGGGCCCGCAACAACCGUCCACGUUUGGGCCACCCCGAGGCUGCUGCUAUCGCUAAGUUUCCCUGGUCCAGCAUCAGGUUUGCUAGUGGUUCCACUAGGUAGCUCUUUUCUUUAGGGUUUCACUGGAUUCUGCCUUUUUUUUAGUGAAAUAAACACAUUUACUCUUUGAGGUGCUAUGGUAUUAUGAAUUAUUCAUGGGAUGGUGUUUAACGAAAUGAAUAUUGAAAAGUGAAGAUAAACUAUCCGCAACUCUGGAUUUUGUUUGUUCUCAGAAGUAAAAUAACUUGUUUUUUCGUU